AUGCACCACCAGCUGGUGCGCCGAAAACGCUCCCCCAACUACGCGGCGCGCUCCACCCGAAAACUCGAAACGAGAACCGCCUGGAAGGCCCACGCCACGGGGAGGAACUCCAACUCCAUGAGGGAGUUCCUGGAGAAGAACUACAAGGACACCUCCGGCAAGGAGACCAUCAAGCUCACCAUCCGAGCCCUUAUAGAGACCUCAAUGUUUCCAGGGAAGCCGCCGGAUCGAUCGAUACGACCGCCGUCGUUCUCCUUCGGUCCGUUCCCUCCUCCGACCCUCCAUAGCUCGCGCCUCGCGGAUCUCAGUUUUAUAAUUUGCCGACUUGGCUUUGACACACAAUGUUGCCAAGGAAUUGGUGAAGUAUCACUCACAAACCCUCGGAUAUGUAAUUGGUGGCAAUGGCCGGAGAACUGAAGCUGACCAGCUUGCAAAGGGGGUCAAUUUGUUAGUAGCAACACCAGGCAGGCUGUUGGACCAUCUGCAAAACACCAAGGGUUUCAUAUAUAA